AUGGGGAUCAACCGUAUCGUCCAGUUUCAAUUCAAGUCAGACAUCGGCGACGUUGCUAUUUCUGCCAAAAUCCAAGGUCUUAAAGAUCAGUGCGUACAUCCUCAAUCGAAGAAGCCAUACAUUCGCAGUGUCGAAGGUGGCGCCGAUAGUGCGCCAGAAGGUCUUCAGCAAGGUAUUACUCAUGCCUUCGUGAUUCAAUUUGAGAAUACAGAGGACCGCGAUUAUUAUGCCCUCAAAGACCCCGCCCAUCUUGCCGUCGUGGCAGAGCUUGGCCCCUUCAUAGAAAAGGUGCAAAUCAUUGACCUACCGAGGCAUGACUGA